UCCAAGCUGGGACGCGCCAAUCCAGAAAUGGACCUCUAUCUUCGGAAACAUAUAUGGACUGUGAUAUCGCUGGCUUGUGUGCUAUUAGUCAGCGGCCAAAGUCAAGUAUCCAACGAGAUAGAGAGCGGAUCGCAAGCGCGCGUCUCUGCGCUCAAACAUCCGCUCCGGAAGACCCGAAAGGUGACAGUCACGUGCCACCCGAACUCGCUGGAGGUUGUGGUCCAAGCUGAUCUGUUCGGUAACGGACUCCUGGUUGAGGGUAAACAUUUACAUCUGGGCUCCAGCUCUGCUCAUGAGUCGGGUCCGUGUGGGGCAGCAGCAUCCGGUCCGCGGCAGUUCUCCAUCAACGCUCCCCUGACUCAGUGCGGCACUAAACUUUCCUCGACAGGCGACAAGAUCGUCUACUCCAACGUGCUGCUCUACUCCCCUGAGCCUUCAAAAGAUGGUUUGUUCCGGCUGGAUGCAGCUGCAAUCCCAGUGGAAUGCCAUUAUGAUAGGAUGUAUGCAGUGAAUUCUGUUCCACUCCUGCCCAGCUGGGUUCCCUUCGUCGCUGAGAUGUCAGCUAGGAACCAGAUCCACUUCAACCUGCAACUUCUGACUGAUGACGGGCUGUUCACCAGGGGAUCCAACUCCUACUUCCUGGGAGACCCGAUCCAUAUCGAAGCAUCCGUCAUCACGGAUCACCACGUGCCUCUUAAGAUCUACGUGGAUCACUGUGUGGCCACGGCUACUCCAGAUGCAGACGCCCAGCUCAGAUAUGACUUUGUCAGUCACCAUGGGUGUCUUGUGGAUGCUUAUCUGAGCAACUCAAAAUCCAGAUUCUUCCCGAGAGUUGAAAACCACUCGCUUCGAUUCUCGGUGGAUGCUUUUCGAUUCAGUCAGGAACCCGACAACCACGUCUUCAUCACGUGCCGCCUGAAGGCAGCUCCACUUGCAUCACCAGCCACCUCUGAAAACAGGGCCUGCUCCUUCAUUGGACAUGGCUGGGAGUCAGUUGACGGUGAUGACCAAGCAUGCGCCAGCUGUGACUCCAGACAUGGAACUGGGGGACCUCCAGCCACCUCACCGCCAAAGAUGACCACCGCCCAGCCUGCUACAGCGCAAGAGCCUGCGUACGUCCAGAGCAGCUCUCACAACCACGGCGCCACCUUUCAUCGCAUUCGCCCCGGGGCACCGCUUCAUCAGACUCCUGCCUGGGUGAAAAAGAGGGAAGCAGAGCGUACCGUCCAGCUGGGUCCUCUUAUCGUCCUGCCGUAUGCCAAUUCAUGAGGAGGGCAGCGGGACACUGGACUGUGAAGGUGGAAAAGUCAUCAAGAGGACCAAGCAUUUUUGAUGAAAUUAUGAAUAUUUAAAUACAUCCAUGGCAUCACACCUUUCUUCUUCACAAUAAAUCUUUUAUUUAACCGUCUCAUAAAGUCCCUCCGCCUCAGCAACAGUCUUGAAUAACUGCGUAAUGACAGAUCUAGAUCUAACAUAAUGCCAGUGAUUUUUAUUUUUUUUUCUUUGGAUGAGUGGAAGCAGACGCCCAGUUAGGCUGCACUUCCUCCUCCAUUAAAAACCACAACCUACUCAUCACGCAGUCGCCUUAUUGAUCGGUUUUUAUUAGCAUCGCACAUCAUGUAAACAUGCUGUAUGUCCGGUAAUCGGAUCAACCACAGCACCCCAUUUGGGUUGAUCUAAAUGACUCGCUCUUCUCCAGAACAUUAUCUGUAUUAUCGUCGUGCUAAUGCUCUGAGAGAAAAUGAUCUUUUAAACACACUUUUGUCUGGAGCAGUGUGAUGCACUUGGUACAUGAAGCUGACCACUGGAUGUCCAGCCUCCUGGAUCUAUAGCGUAUUAAUAUUGCAUGUGAGGCAGCAGGAACACUUGAGUUAUUUGGGAGUUGGUUUCGUCAGCACUGACAGCUCUCUGGGCGUGUCUGAAGGCUCGGAACUCUCACUGUUCACGAUUUUCGAGGACUGCUGUCUGGGGGGGCGUCGUGUUUUUGGAUGGCGCUGGAACCUCUCAA